GUGGUUGAAAGAAUUAGGAACAACAGAAUUCCAACACGCAAGAUCCUUACAUUGCUUCACUCCUCGGUCCUUCUCAUCCGUGACGUCGUCUGAGUCAAUGCCUCCAUCUGCCUAGGAGUGGAUCGCCGAUCUAGUAGCCUGCUUCGCCACACUUAAGGUAAGAACUAAAAUAGCUCGCAUGUAUGGGCUUUAUUUUAUCCUGUUUAUCUUGACGGAUCUAUUGAUUUAACGAGGUACUUGGGUACCUUCUUGAACGAGAAAUCUGAGGGAAGCGCGCCUAAGUAUUUUGCACGUGACUUCAUACCUGUCGCAGGCGUGUUUGCAAGUCGUCAAGGAACCUUAAAGGAAGGCACAUGGGAUUUCUGGGCAGUGGACACAACUUUUACAUCUUUCUCGCCAAACCACCCCAUUUUCGUCUUCGAUAUGGGUUCAUCGAAAGUGCAGCCGUCCAGAAGCCGAACUGCAUCUGCUCCGGCGGGCAAGCUCAGAACCCCGCAGAAAGCGAAUUCGGCAGCACGAGCGGGCCAAACACCCCAGCAUCCUAUCGACCUCACUGGCGAAUCCUCAUCCAAUCCAUCUCAGAAGCGGAAGAUUGGCGAGAGUUCGAAGAGUUUGACCGCUUCUGCGAAGAAACUCAAGGUAGAAACGGCCCAGCCCCCGCCGGAGAAGCGGCUGCGCAAGUUCAGGCCAAAUCCACCCCAGCCGUUUCAUGAUGUCUAUGCGCGGGCAUUGAGCCAACGGUUUUAUGUCCUCAGCCGGACAAGAGGCGGGUCUGAUGAGUGUCCCGAAGAGGUCGUGGAAAUGACAGGGUCGACGGGCAAUAUCUACACGGUUCUCAUUGCGCAGCAACCACAUUGUAAUUGUCCUCAUGCCGAAAAGGGGAACCAGUGCAAACACAUCCUCUAUGUGCUCAAACGAGUGCUCAAUGCCCCAUAUGAGAUGGUUUACCAACUCGCCCUUCUCCACUCCGAACUGCGUGACAUCUUCACCGCCGCACCCCCCAUCUCAACACCCAAGCAGGCAGAAUCUGAUAAGCGCAAACCCAUUGAGGGCGACUGCCCCAUCUGCUACAGCGAGCUCGAAGCUAAGAGCCCCGAAGCUGUAGUUUGGUGUCGUGCAGCAUGCGGCCAGAACAUGCACGAGCAGUGCUUCAGUAUGUGGGCACGCACCAAGUCCAAUGACGUCACCUGUCCAAUGUGCCGCAGCUUGUGGCAGGGCGAUGAAGACGCUGUGAAGAGGGUUCGCAGGGAGGCGGGUGACUCGGAGGAGGGGUAUGUGAAUGUCGCAGAUCAGUUGGGCAUCAGCCGCGUGAGAGGUAUGUGGAGAGAUUGUCUGGUGUGGUGAGAUUUUGACUGACCUGGUGGGUCGUGCAGACGAGUCGAGUUACUCUCGAU